AUGGCCAAGAAGCGGCGUACUAAGAAGAGGAAGGGAACAAGUACAAGACCAGACCCCGCCCAGGGCGCCACGUCCAGCAUGUCCACCACCGACGAGUUCGCGUCGCACUCGAGCGAUGGCCUGUCGAGCGGCUUGCACGAGAGCGAGACCGCCACCGAGAUGACGAGCGUCAUGAGUACCACCGAGGGAUCCCAGGGCGUCUUCGAGGCCGACGAGGAGUGGAAUUCGCAAGACGAGGAGGGCAUGGAAGUCGACGAAGACGGCGACGACGACGACGACGACGACGACAACUUAUCCGUUUUUACGCCCAGCCAUUACCCACGGCCCAGCGAGUCCCACCGCACCGAGAUGCCCUACAUGACAUCGCCAAACCACCAGGACAUGUCUUCAACCCGGUCUUUCAUGGAGCGAGAGUUGGAUUACCAAUGGGAGAACGGUCGCCGGUACUGCGGCUCGCAUUAUCACCUCCCAAACGACGAGUGGGAAAUGUGCCGCAUGAGCUUAGUUCACCGGGUCUACUUGCACGUCUUUGACGGCAAGCUCAGUACGGUACCACUGGAAAACCCGCAGAGGAUACUGGACGUUGGUACGGGCAUCGGCGAAUGGGCGAUAGGCAUGGCCGACGAGUUCCCCAGCUGUGAGGUUAUUGGCACAGACAUCUCCGCCAUUGCGCCCACGUCGAUACCGAUGAACUGCUUCUUCGAGGUCGACGACGCCGAGCUAGAGUGGGAGCGCGAGCUCAACUCGUUCGAUCUGGUGCACUUCCGCCAUAUGAUGGCGGCUUUUACGGACUGGAAUUUCAUUUACAAAGAAGCCUUCAAGGUCCUUCGGCCCGGCGGCUGGAUCGAGAUGCUGGAAUGGGACGAUCAACAAGGAUUUAAAAAAUUCCUUUCAGAGUUCCCCCCUACUUCUGAGAUCCAUGCAUUGUCGAGGGACCUGACGCUCGCUGGCAUCAAGGCCGGACGCGCAAGAGGCGUCUCUCAUAUGAACCCGAAGCUUUUGACGGAUGCCGGCUUCACGGACAUCAAACUUACGGAGCACAUGAUUCCUAUCAACAUCGAGGCCAGCGAAGGCAAGCUUUGGCUGAUUGCUUGUAUCGACGGAUUGGAGGCCGAAUGCCUACGCCCUCUCACCAAGCACAUGGGGUGGGAUCCGGAACAUGUCAAAACGGCAUGCCACAAUGUUGCCAAAGAGAUGGCCCGCCUGGCAAGAGACCCGGUCAAAUCGCACGGGCUGGUUGUCAAGGCCCGCGUCCUGGUUGGUAGGAAGCCACUGAAUGCAGCAACGCCGCCAAGGGUCUACCCGAGACAUACCGAGGACGCGGACGAGACGGACGAUACGGCGAAGGAGGACAACCACAGCAGACAUCUAGCCGAUGAUGAGGCUCAAGACUCUGCGGUCGAGACCACAGCUUGA